UACCUAUCUUUGUACCCUGCACGCAUCUUCUGUCCUAAGCAACAACCCCAUUUUUGUAGUGCCGCCAUGGCAGGGCAGCUCUCUCUCUCAUGGUGGUGGUCGCCCACGGGCCAGUCAGCGACCGUGCUAAUGGAAUGGCCAUCACUGCCUCCAACUAACUAACCACCUUUUCAGUGCAGGCCACUGCGUGCGCCACUGCCAUACCUAUCAGCAUGCAUGCAGAGCUUCCACCCGUCACCUACAAAUCCCUGUCGCUGUCCUCGCCAUCGCCGUCGCUCGUCGUCGUUGUCAUCGCCAAGGGUGUCGGUGUGGCUGUGUCGGCCACGGCCAGCUAGAGCUGUGACCUGGGAGUGGGAGGGUUGGUGCCUAUAGGAUCGUCAUGGACACCAUCGAGGAGUGCGGCGACGGAGGCCGCCACCUGCUGCUGGGCCUCGGCACCAGGAUACUCGUCGGCGUGCCGGACAACUCCCGCGGCUGCUCCGAGCUGCUGUCGUGGGCGAUCGGCGCCGUCGCCAAGCCCAGCGACUCCGUCGUCGCCGUGCACGUCCUCGGAGGGAGGGGGAGGAAGCGGAGGCUGCAGAAGGCCAACGCCUUCGUCAUCUACAUGCUCGGCGAAUUCGUCAAAGCUUGUGAGGCCAAGCAGAUUAAUUUGGAGGCCAAGGUGAUAUGCAGCUCAAACAUUGGGAGAGCCCUGACCCAAGAAGCUGCACUGACUGAUGGGAACAUCCUCAUUGUUGGGAGGUCAAGAAAUGCGUACCAUAGGAGCCAUUUCGAGAUUGCAAACUACUGCUUCAUGCAUGCUCCAAAAAACUGCUCGGUGAUCGCUGUUGGAAGGCAAGGCGUAGCACAGAGUAGUACUCGGUUGAGACCUCGGUCAUUUGAUGUAGCAGAUAGCACCAUCUCCUCAAGCUCAACAUGGAGCAGGAGAUUCCCGCCGCUUCAGAAGCUGCUCAGAACAAACUCGACACGGAAGCUGGCUCAGUCCGACGACAAGAGCUCGCCGAGAGCAGUUCUGGACGGCCCAGAGGGAGAGGGAGGGGAGAACCAAGAGUGCUACAGCACGUCUAGCCAUGAGGUGAGCCGGCGCGGCCACAACGGCCUGUGGAGGCGGCUGUCAGACAUGAAGCUCUGGCUCCCGUUCCUGAGGAACAUCGGCGAUGACAGCACCAGGGGCAGCGACGUCGGUUCGGCCUUCGCUGAAGAUCACAAGCCUGCCUGGAGGUGCUUCAGCUUCCAGGAGAUUUCAGUGGCCACUAAUGACUUCCACCCAGACAACAUGGCUGGAAGAGGAGGCUAUGCAGAAGUAUACAAGGGCACCCUAGCUGACGGCCAUCUUGUAGCCGUGAAGAGGCUAGCAAAAGGCACCCCGAGCGAGCAGAAGGAAAAGGAGUUCCUGGCAGAGCUAGGGAUCCAGGGGCAUGUAUGCCAUCCAAACACAUCCUACCUUCUUGGAUGCUGCGUGGAGAAUGGGCUGUACCUGAUAUUCGAGUUCUGCACGAAUGGCACCCUAGCAUCGGCACUGCAUGGGAAGGGUGGGAGAACCCUUGAAUGGCCUCUGAGGUACAAGAUCGCGGUGGGCGUUGCGAGGGGCCUGCAGUACCUGCACAUGUUCUGCAGGCACCGGAUCAUCCACCGCGACAUCAAGGCGUCCAAUGUGCUUCUCGGCCAUGACUUCGAACCUCAGAUUUCGGACUUCGGAUUGGCCAAGUGGCUCCCAAAGCAGUGGACUCACCAUUCUGUCGUACCCAUAGAAGGCACAUUCGGGUACUUAGCACCAGAAUACUUCAUGCACGGCAUUGUCGACGAAAAGACGGACAUCUUCGCCUUUGGCGUGCUGCUGCUGGAGAUCGUCACCGGAAGGAGACCCAUUGACUGCUCCAAGCAAAGCCUUCUACAAUGGGCAAAGCCACUGCUGGAAGCUGGGCAGGUGACUGAGCUUGCAGACCCAAGCCUCGGGGACGACUACGACAAAGAUCAGCUGAACAGGAUGGUCGCGGUCGCGUCCCGCUGCAUCAUGCGACCGGCGAUGUGGCGGCCUUCGAUGGCCGAGGUUCUGCAUUUCCUGUCUACUACUGAUGAGUGUCUGAACGAGCCCGAGAAAUGGAACAUUCCCGACGACGAGGUGGACGACAUGGAUGAUUGUACACUGUUCUCUGAAUCCUUUUCCAUGUAAUUGUAGCCUCAUUUUUUUCCCAUUUCCUUUUAGUGUGUGCUAUGUUGGCAUGCCGUUCUUGGCAUGGGGAUGGAGGCAUUGAGCUAUGUUUUCUGGUCUUUUUGUAGUCUUAGAAGACUGGUAUUUAAUCAUGUGUUAUAUAUAUAACGGGGAUUUUGGGAUGUAUUCA